AUGUCUGUCUACCCCAGUCUUGCGCCCUUCAUUCUGAAGCGGCCCUGGCUGACAAAAAUGUUCAAGCCUCUCGCCACUUGGUACACCAGUGCCGCUGGGUACCGCCAGCUUGGUCUUCGAGCCGAUGAUUUGAUUGUCGAGGAAAACGAGGACGUCCUGAAGGCCCUGAAGCGUCUCCCGCCCCAGAUGGCCUACGACCGCGUAUACCGUCUCCGCCGUGCCCAGCAAUGCAGUUUGAUGCAGAAGCUGCUACCCAAGGACCAGUGGACAAAGCCCGAGGAGGAUACCCCGUACUUGGAACCCCUCAUCGCGCAGAUCAAGGCCGAGGCUAAGGAAAAGGCAGCCCUAGAUGCCUUGACGAUCGUGAAGAACCACUAA